AUGCCAUUGCAUCAGACUUUCACCAUCAAGUACCGCAUUUCCGACGAAACCGCGUGGCAGUGGAUUACGGGCUCCGGCAGCUUUCUAAAAGGUGAAAUUAUUUUACAAAGCCCUUUGGAAGCUCAUCCAGAGGCCGGAUCAUUGAUAGCACUUGCGCCAAGGUGGCAUGAAGUGAGAGUUGAAACUGCGCAUAAGGAAGCAUCGCUGUUUUCUAUCGAAUCGGAUCCGAUCAACGGCUCUGAGCAGAAGAUUCUAGGCACAGUUCUUAACCAGGCCAGAUUCUUUGCUGUUUCACGAAUCGAGCCGCCCUGGAUUGCCCCACGCCAUGGCGACGACUUUCUCUACCUCUCGGAACGCACGAUUCUCUGUUCCAUCCUGAGGGGAGACGGCAAUGUCAUCACCGUUGCUGCGCCUAGCACGAGCGAUGUCUAUACUUGCCUCUUGUCCAACGAGAAGGGUGAAUUUGUCGCUCACACCCGAGAUGACAGCGAAACCGGGAAACCCUGUCGAAUUAUGCUCUCAGUCGCCCCAGACAUCGAGACGUCAAUCGGCGCAAUAAUGCACAAUCUCCAAGCCGAGGCUAACGAGACGCCGUUGGUUCGGGAGAUGAUUGACGAAGAAUUUAAGUCGGGCGGCACAGACUCCUCAAACCUUGAACCUUUGGUGGAUUACUUGGGAUUCUGUACAUGGAACGCACUCGGGCCAGACCUCACCCAAGACAAGAUUCUAGAGGCUCUCCGUGUUUUGAGGAAGAACAAUGUGAAAAUCUCGACGCUGUUGGUCGACGACAACUGGCAAACCCUCGGCAGUACGGAACUCGGCGACGGCCAUCACGAUUUUCUCGGCUUCGCGGAUUUCAAGGCCAACCAGGGAUUCCCCACCGGUCUCAAGGGCCUGACUGAUAGCGUCAGGGCUGAAAACCCCUUGAUCACAGAUAUCGGAGUUUGGCACGGGCUAUUCGGCUACUGGGGUGCCAUUGCCAAGGAAGGGUGGAUUGUUGACAACUAUGAGACCGUGGACGUCGAUGGCAAGAUGUAUUAUGCUUUUCCCGCUAAGCUCAAGUCCAUUUCGGCCUCGGAUUUAAACCGAUUCUACGACGACUUUUACGCCUACUUGAGCUCCUCUGGAAUCACCUUCGUCAAAACCGACGUCCAGUGCCUUCUAAGCGAUCUGCAAAACAGUGCUGACCGAGCUGCUCUCAUUCCGGCAUAUCAGGCUGCCUGGACGAUGGCUUACCAGCGACGAUUCGGAGGAAAGGCGAUUAGCUGCAUGUCCCAGAUCCCCGAGCUAUUGUGGCAGAGUCUCCUUCAAACCAAGACUGCCCCAGUGGUCCUUCGCAACAGCGAUGACUUCUUUCCAGAAAUUCCCAGCAGCCACCCGUGGCACAUCUGGGCCAACGCUCACAACAGCCUUUUCACCCAGCAUUUGAACGCAGUGCUGGACUGGGACAUGUUUCAAACGUCCAUGGAUUAUGGGCCCGCUCACGCUGCUUCACGCUGCUUAUCUGGCGGACCAAUCUUCAUCACGGACGUUCCCGGAAAACAUGAUUUGAAGCUGAUUGACCAAAUGGUGGCCCCUAGCCCAGACGGCGGGAGAAGCUUAGUCCUUCGGCCUUCGACGUGUGCCAAAACCCCUCGUGCUUUCGACCGAUAUCAAGAAUCGGGGGUUCUCAAGAUUGUUUCCGAAACAAUCACAGGGGUCAAAUUCAUGGGUGUAUUCAAUACCCGUCCCACGAAUGUCUCUUCCCUGGUAUCAGUAUCUGAGUUCUCAGCUCCAGGAAGCUUGCAGUGGAACCCAGAUGCUGAAGUGGUCUUCUUUUCUCACCAAUUCCAGACCGUGCGUGGUCCUAUUAAGCUAGGAACCACUCCAGCGGUCCAUUCUGAGGAAACUGCUCUGCUUGAGGUAGACUUGGAAGUGAAAGGCUUCGAAAUUCUGUCAGGCUACGAGGUUCAUCGUCUCUCCUUCGGUGGAGGGGAGUGUUUGGUGGCCGUUCUUGGUUUGCUUGGGAAAAUGACAGGAGCAGCUGCAGUAUGUUCGUUGGAUGUAUCUUGCAGUGGAGACGAGAUCAAAGUCUCCGCUGUUCUCAAGGCACUGGGUAAGUUGGGACUUUGGGUAUCAGGCCAAGGGGUCGAGAUUGAUCAAGGAUCCGUCGCCAUUACUGACAGCUCACAUGCCAAUGUGGUGUCCCAGAUUCUCGAAUUUGAUCUAGUGCGAGAGUGGUCUCAAAAGCAGAGCGUUACUACUUCUCAGCAGGUUUCGCUGGAAGUGAUCAUCGGAUCUUGAAUGUUAUUGUUCGGUG